UAAAACCAACCAACUUCAAUUCUGCAGCACUUACUCAGUUCACUCCCUUUAACUUACUCUCAUUUCUUUCAUCUUCUUCAAAAAUCCAAUCUUUUUAUAAUUUUCCAGUAAAAAUCCUUCUUUUUUUUUUAUUUAAUUUUAUUUUUAAUUAGAAAUAAGACAGAAAUGAAAUAAAAACCAAGGUUUGUUGUAUCCGAGUUGGACAUCCACCUCACUCACACCUUCUUUCUUAAUUCUUGCCCGCCUACUUUCUCUCUCUCAGGAUUUUGUACCUCUCAAUAUUUGCUUAGUCCUUGGUGGAUCUGGUGGUGAUUGGACCUAUGUAAAUGGGGGCAGCCGAGGAGCAGACACCUUCCAAGCCUUCAAAAGCAACAAGUUCAGCACAGGAGACUCAGGCGGCAGUGCCAUCAUAUCCUGAUUGGUCAGGUUCCAUGCAGGCAUAUUAUGGCAAUGGUGCUACUCCUCCUUUUUUUGCUUCUACUGUUGCAGCUCCAGCACCUCAUCCCUAUAUGUGGGCAGGACAGCACCCUAUGAUGCCACCUUAUGGUACUCCAGUCCCUUACCCAGCUUUAUAUCCUCCUGGUGGCGUUUAUGCUCAUCCUAAUAUGGCAAUGACUCCAAAUCCUGCUCUUGCUGUGGAAACAGAAGGAAAAAACUUGGAUGUAAAAGAUCAGAAUUCUGCAAAAAAAUCCAAAGGAAAUUCCGGCAUGGGGAAUGAAAAGGCUGUUGAAACUGGCAAAGCAACUUCAGGCUCUGGAAAUGAGGGUGCCUCGCAGAGCGCUGAAAGUGGAAGUGAAGGCUCAUCAGAUGGUAGUGAUGACAACAAUCAGCAGGAAAACUCUGCGACUAAGAAAGGAAGUUUCGAUCUGAUGCUUGAAGAUGGGGCUAAUGCACAAAAUAGCUCAGGGAAUGCAGCUCAGGGUUCAGUGCCAGGAAAACCAGUGGUUGCUGCUACUAAUCUUAACAUUGGCAUGGAUUUGUGGAAUACUUCUGCUGCUGGUGGAGUUAAAUUGAGACCUAAUACUGGAGUAGCAUCUGCAGUAGCUCCGGCAAUGGUUGGACGCGAAGGGCUUAUGCCUGACCACCAAUGGAUCCAAGAUGAGCGUGAACUUAAAAGGCAGAAACGUAAACAAUCUAAUAGAGAGUCAGCCAGGCGGUCAAGGUUGCGCAAGCAGGCUGAGUGUGAAGAAUUGCAAAGAAGGGUUGAGUCUCUGAAUAAUGAAAAUAGCAGCCUCAGAGAAGAGCUCCAGAGGUUAUCUGCUGAAUGCGAGAAGUUGACUUCUGAAAACAAUUCUAUCAAGGAGGAGCUAACCCAGACAUGUGGACCGGAUAGCUUACAAAGCCUCGGAGAAAACAAUGCUUCUGGUGAGGCCGAUAGCUGAAAUGAGAGCUUAGAUUAGUACUUCUUCGGCUCAGCUUAAAUAUCUGACAAAACAAAUAGGGGAGAUUUCAGUUUUUAACACAGCUUAUACCAUUUUUUUUUUCUCUUUUUUUUUAGUCAUUGAUAACGCUUGUUAUGUGAUUUGUGAUUUCCGGGUUUAUGCUAAGAUGGAUUUCAGUUAACGCACAACCACAUUCGUUUGAGUAGAACUACUGUAUAAAGAUAAGUUAUCAGCUAGAUUUCUGUAAUAGAGAGGUCAAAGUGUGUAUUUUAUUAUAUUACUCUGAAUUCCAAGAUGAUUUCACAAAUCUAUUGUACAACUUUUGACAUAGGAAGUUUUAAUCUUCUUAUAUUGAUCGUUGAUUAUAAUGUAAGCUGAAUCGGAGCAGAAUAGAAGGUUUAGGGUA